UUCAGCAGGAAGGCGCCAGGUAAAGACAUCAAACUUCAUCUUUAUGCUUCUCAGCUCAUAAAGCUUCCUGUUGCUCUUCUGAGUUGGUUGAUUUGUAAACCACAGAAAUCUCACUUGAUCUAUGUCUCUCUUUGGCAGUGUGUUGUGCAAAGAUGCUUUCUUGAUGUAAGCUGCAUUAGCAGUUUCUUGCAGCUGAGAUUUUAUCAAGAUGCUCAUCUAAUGAGGAGUCAUGAAAAAAAAUCAUGAGUGCUUGCAACUUGCACGAAAUGAUGUAUCAAACACAGUAUAAGCUUUUUUUUUUUUGCUCAUUUCCCCCAUCACAGCAAGGUGGAUGAAAUGUCUGUAAGCUACUAUUAUUUAGUAAAGCUGAACUUUGCAGAUAGUUUGGGUUGCAAUACAACACCUGUCAAGCUUGAUAUUUUGUGCAUUUUUCAAAGUAAGAUUUUCUUCUUAGUUCGUUGAAUUCUGCUGCAUAGUUAGUUUGUACCACAGAGGUUUUGCAAAGUGCUGACUGAGUCAGUACGUGCUCUGUUCAGCAGUUGCUUUCUAUGCUAUGUAGCUUCACAGAAAUGUUCUCACUGCAGCCAGUUCUCUCAUUGAUCAGUUUAUGGAGGCUUUUAAAAAACAUAAUUCAGGGGUCACAAAGCACAGCUCUGACAGAAUAAAUGUGGAAUGAAAUGAGAUUUUUACAGUGACGUUUAAGGGGGAGGCUUUGGCUCAGUGUUCAGUCAUCUCUCAAUCGGCACAUUAAGGUUCAAUUUCAGGUCCUGCCAUACACAAGCGUCCUAGGGCAGGACACUUAAACCAAUAGCUGUGCCAGCAGUGAGUAAAUGGGAUUUCUUUAUGGUGAUAGAUGCCGUACAUAGCAGCAUCUCUGUAGUGGCCAGAGGACAACAGAAAGUCCCAUAAAUACAUGAAAUGCAUUACCACUUCCAUUUGAAUUGGUCUCUGUGACCUUUAAGAGGUAUUGUGGGUAAACUAAGCAGUGUGUUGCAACAUAGAAAGAAAUAUAUUUUAAACUUGUUCCAAGAAAUUGUAACUCUUGACUUCGGCUGAAGAAGAUGGAUAUCAUGCUGAUGAAUCAGGUCAAAAGCCACAUCAUUUACAUAAGCAACAGUCCCUCCUCUCUAACACAAGUGAGUACUAUAAAAACUCUGUGUGCCAGGGAUGUAAACCACUGCUGCUCAGUAAUGAUCCACCAUGACUCCCAACUGUAAACUGGCACUGCUGAUACUUGCUCUAACUCUUGAUGGACAAGGUGAGAUCGGAUUUUAUUGCAUGAUAAACUGCAGAGUUUUACACUCUCCGUUUUUGACAUUAGAUAAAAAAGUGUUCAAGAGUGGAUCAAAUAGUGAUUGAGUUUGAUGCAUUUUCUCCUUCAGUUCAUACAGGGAAGAUCAUCCAUGGGAACAAGGUUGCUCCUCACCAAAGGCCCUACAUGGUGUUUGUGGAAAACCACAAGCAUGGUCAAAGUAAAACAUCCUGCAGUGGCUUUCUUCUGGACGAGAGUUUCGUGAUGACUGCCGCACAUUGCCACGCUCAGUAUGUCCAACAUUGUUCAAACCAACCUUUGACUAAUAUGCUCAUGCUUAAUGACACGAAUAAUUACAAAUCAAAACGUAUUUUAGAACAUUUUUAUAAUCAUAAUAGUCUGAAAAAGGUUUGUUUUGACAUUUUUUAAUUUAAUUUAAUUUUAAUUGUCAUUCCAGCUCUCACACAGUCAUAAUGGGAUCUCACAGGAUCAGUGAAAAUGCAGAAGUCAUGAAUGUGGAAAAGGCUUUUCCACAUCCAGGCUUCAAUAUAACUGACUGCAGUGAUGACUUGCUGCUACUUAAGGUAAACGCGUGUGUGUGCUUAGAUGUUUGAAUUUAACAGCAACUGUGGUUUUUAGCUUUACUUUGUUUUUUUAGGUCAUACUUUUCUUAGUUUUAUUUCAUCAAAGUCCUGAUAUUGAAUGUUUUUUCUUUUUAAGAUCAGAUGAUAAGAUAUAGGCAACACAAGUAUUCUUUUUGUGUUUUAUAUCUUGUCAGAAAAACCAUCCACCCCUUUCCCUGUAAGAUCAUGUCUGGACGUAAACUAAACAUAGACAUGUAGAAAACUGGGGAUGGACUGUUUAUGACGGAAAAUGUUUGAUCCACCCCCUACUCAGGUGGUUUAGCCCACCUGCCGACUUUUAAGUACACUUUGAAGAACAUUAGUAUUCUAAGUCUCGCUUACCUCUGCUUCUCUACACCUCAGAGGGAAAUCAUGCUGGGAAUCAUGGGAGUAUUACUGUUGACACUAAAUCUGGUACUGCAUGUUACUGUAUACUAACAUACUCAAUUCAGACUGAUAACUCUAAAUAUCUGUGCCAGCUGUGGGACUUGUGUUAUAAACACACUCAUGCAGGCCGUUUUUUAUGUCACAUUGGCAUGGUUCUGAUGUGAGCCAUUUGGACCAGAAGCCAGGACUAGUCCUUUAAGGGGAUUUUUAAACACUUUUUUCACUCUGAUUAGCCUGUACCUUGUGCCAUCUCAAGAUGAUAACGACCUCUCCAAACUUGGAAAUGUUUGGUCUUGGGAGUCCAAAAAAAACCUUUUUAAAAAAUGCUUUUAGCUUGAUAAAGUAAAUCCAGAAAUAAAGCUGUUACUUUUGCAUUUUACAUCAUGUGAGUAUGAAAUAUACCAGAAAACACAUGGGAAAUAAUAACAUAAGACUGAUGCUUGUUACCUCUAAAUUUAAAUUAAUCAUCCACAAAAUUCAUAAAAAGGCAAAAAAAAAAACAAAAAAAAAAGUUAACUUGAUAAAAUAUCCUCAGAAAUGUUUUUUUAAAUGUAUUUCAUGAUCAGGAUCACUGCUUCAUUAGCGUUUAAAAAACUCACCAAACUAUGAGCUUCAGUUUAAGGGCUUAAUGACUUUUGGUGAUGUGCUCUUAUGAACCUGUUUUUACAAAUAUACAUGGUCUUUCCUCAUUGAUUUAUAUCUUCAAAUAGUCAAAAAAGGCAUGCUAACUUUUAGUGAACCUCAUAGGUGUAAAUGUUUUGUGGCAUUUUGAUUAUUCUUGAGAGCACAAGAAUCAGAGUAAAAGGCAUCAUAAAAGAAGGUGAAGUAUAUAUAUAUAUAUAUAUAUAUAUAUAUAUAUAUAUAUAUAUAUAUAUAUAUAUAUAUAUAUAUAUAUAUAUAUAUAUGACCUUCAUUUUAUUACUUUCCACUAUGUUUUAGGAUACUCUCUAUUUAGACUUGUGUGAUGUAAAACACCAUAGAAACAACUUUAUCUCUAGAUUUAUUUUAUCAUGCCAAAAGCAUUUUUCAAAAAGGGUUUUUUUUUGGAUGCCCAAGACCAAACACUCCCGAGGUUGGAGAGGUCAUUAACAUGUUGAGAUGGGCAAACUAGAACCAUGAUGAAAAAAAGAGAGCAAAAAUCACCAUAAAGACUAGUUCUGGCUUCCAGCCCAAAUGGCUCAUAUCAGAACCAUGCUAAUGUUCUCCAAAAUAAUCAGUGUCUUGUUGCUGAUUAUGUCUGAACUCUCACUUGUAAGAUGCCUUCACUUCAGAUGAAUGUUUGAAUCGUUCUGAUGAGUUUCUAUCUCUUCAUGUUUUUUAGCUGAGCUGCAAGGCGACUUUCAGCAAAAAUGUGGGACCUAUUGAUCUGGCAACUGACAACGGAGGCUCUCUGCCACAGUCGUGCUCAGUCUCAGGCUGGGGAAGUACAAGCCAGAACAAUGGAUAUGCGUCCAGGGUUCUCAUGGAAGCCAAUGUCACAAUCAUUGAAAGUGAUAAGUGUCAGAAGGCCAAGUCUUACUGCUCUGAGGGAGAAACUGGACCGGCUAGUGUAUGUAGAUUUUUAAGACAUAAAAAGACAAACUAAAAAUACGUCAUCAAUGAUUCCUCUCACUGACAGAGCACUCCUUAAAUUCUGUGUAUUUUCAGGGAGAUUCUGGGGGUCCGCUGGUCUGUGAGGAUGGGAAGGCGUACGGGGUGGUGUCCUCCACUAAAACAACUACAGACGGUCAGCUGAUCAAAAGUUAUGUCAAGAUUUCUGACUACAGGAGCUGGAUUGACAUGAUCAUGAAUAAUACUGGAAAGCCCUAAUAAGUCAUUGAUGCUGUCACAAUAUUCAAGUCAUUUCAGUUUUCCUGAACAGAAGAGCCAAACACAGUGGCUGUUUUUAUUGAAACGAGAAAGACAGAUGUACAUCAGGCAUUACAGAAAUUAAAUAAAGAAAUCUUAACUUCUUUUUUUAUCCGUUAUGUAAUUCUUAAAAAUUAGCUAUCAAUUUCUCUUUUUAUUUAAAAAAAAAAAGAAAGAAAGAAAAGAAAAAGAGCAGGCGUUCAUGGUUGCUCUAAUCAUGUUCUCUCAUAUUGAAUAAACUCAAGAAAAAGACA